AUGGUAAAUUUGAAAGAGAACCGAAAAUGGACAAGUUUUACAAAUUUAACUAAAAAUAAAAUACAAAUAAAUGACAAGUUUCCAGGAAAGUUGAGGGAUAUUCUUGGUUGGAAAGAUGUGCCACUAAAAGAUUUUAUGCCUGACGAAUCAAAGACUCUAACUGUUGAUCUCUUAGCUGAUGGUGGCAAACACUUAGCCCAGUGCCAAGUGAUGCUGGAAGUGAUGUACAGACCGUAUUCAUAUGAUAAAAUCCCGAUUGAAAUUGAAGGGGUUGAAAGGUCUCUUAAGGUUAUAAUUCACAAAGGCGAAGAUCUUAAAGGAAAUAACCACACCAAUCCAUCAGUUCGUUUGCUAUUCCGUGGUGAAGAAAAAGAAACCAAGUCAGUAAGCAGAAGCUCAUCUCCAAUAUGGAGAUCAGAAUUUUGGUACAGCUUAGAAAAGCAAAAGCUACCCAUAAAUGAAUUAUUACAUUUGGAAGUUGUUAGUACUACUUGGAUGGGACUAAUUUAUCCAGAGGAAUGCCUAGGCCAUGUUGAUAUUAACCUUACGGAUGUCAUAAACAAGAAACGUAUAAACAAAACGUAUGACCUUAUCAACCCAAAGAGCGGGCGACUUCAUGUGGAGUUGGAAUUGGUUACUCGAUAUUAGUUUGGGAGGCGUUUCUCAUGUACCAUCCCGAGCCUUAAGUUUUCUAAGAGCCUUGUAUUAUGAAGACUGAUCAAUGUGUUUCAUUAUU